GCUCUGGUGGCUGAAAGAUGUGGUGCACUCGUCUCUCCGGCGGAUGUUCAAGGUAGCGUUCUCUCUCUCUCUCUCUGUCUCGCUUCAGGAGAAAGCCGUUAAUGAGAAUACAGCCCAACACCUGACCUUGGUGGAUUACGGAUGCUCCGAGGGCUCCAACUCGUAAGCUCCAGCCCAGAUAGAGUACAAGGAGGCCGAAUAUCCCUCUCAUGGUGAGCGUAGGAUCCGGCUUAUAGGCAAGGCCCUUACCGUGUGUCCCGAGGACAGCACCGUCACCAUGGUCUUCAACGACACCCCGGCCAACGAUUACAUUAGUCUCGCAGCCACCAUCGACCGCUUCCUCCAGGAUCCCGAGACCCGCCAGAGCGCGCGGAAACUGAUGCCCCUGAUGGCGCCGCAGAGCUACUACCAACAGAUCGUCCCGGAGGCAUCGGUCGACGUCGGCUUUUCCACCGCCACCCUGCACUGGAUCGGCCGCCUGCAGCCCACCGCGCCAGACUGGCUCCCCGCCGACGCGGACGUCGCCGCAGAGGUCCUGGCGGACAUCUGCUGCUUCCUCCGCAGUCGGCACCGCGAGGUGCGCCGCGGGGGCCACCUCCUGCUGAGCUUCCCUGUAGCCGGCGCGCUGAGUCUCGAAUGCGCCUACCCGUCCAUCUUCCAGUGCCUGCACGAUCUCAGCCGCGACGGGGUCAUCUCCCCAGACGCGGCGUCGCACUUCCGCCUCCCGUUUCACUUCCGAACCGCCGCCGAAAUCCAGCAGGCCUUGGAUGCCGUGCGCGCGGAAUGGGCCGUGGUCGAACACUUCACCCUCGACGUCGACCACCCGGCCUUUCUCCAGUUCCACGCGACCUUGCCCGAGGGCCCGGACGCCGUGCCGGACGCGCUGGCCCUGCAGGCGUAUUCCCAGGCCAUCAGCGCCGGCUUUGUGGCGAUCAUCGGCAACACCGUCGUCGACACGGCCAAGCGGUUCCCGCUGGCCGUCGAUGCCCCUGCGGCGUUGGCGCUGGGGAGCCAUCCCGAGGCCGUGAUCCGCGAGCAGAUGGCGGCCCGGUUGCAGGAGCGUCUACAGCAGAGUACCUUCUGGCAGACGCCGCUGGGGAAUAAAUAUGUGUUUUUGAAGCUGCGGAAGAUUUAGCCGGUUGGAAAUAUCGAUCGCUGUGAUGAUUUUAUAGAGCAACCUCUCAUCCAUCCAUCCCUCUGUAUAUCUUGUUCUCUGAAUAUGUAUAUAAAUAGGCGGUCGGAAUGCGGCUCCGCCUGCCG